CGGCUGUUCCGGGCGCAGGUCCGGCCGCGGAGGCGGGGCGGGCUCCCGCGCCGGCCGGGCGGGCCGAAGAGUCUCUGCCCCUUCCUUAAGCGACAACUUUUUGAGCAAACCACAGGGCGGGAGGAGGGGUUUGUCCCGCGGAGAGAGAGGAGGAGGAGGAGGAGGAAGUAAGGGGAGCGCCGAGGCCGGAGGGGCAGGGGGCUGCUCCGUGCCUCCGCUGCUGCCCCGCUCCCCCCGCGGUCCCUGUGGAAUCUGCUGGGCCCGCCGCGGCCGGACUGCUGCAAACUGCCGGCGGCCCGAGCCCACAGCUGGGACUGCCUGCGGUCCCCUCCGCCCCGGGGGCGCGGAGGGAGCCGACAGGACUUCGCGGAGCCCCUCUCUGUUACUAGCUGCUUUUAACCACCUACGAUGAGGAUCCGUCUGGCGAGAAGAUGGACGUGGGUCCGUAAAAGCUGCAUGUUCCUCGGCUUCUUGACGAUCGCUUACUUUGUGGUCGAGCUGUCGGUUUCUUCCUUCGGUGCCUCCCUCGCCGGAGAGAGCAUCACUAAAGGGAAAUGGGAGAGGCGCUUUUCUGACAGAGCAGAAGAAGCUGUAGAUUUGGCUCGUCCAGUUUAUGACAAACCCCCGCCUGAUCCUCAUGCCCCAGGAGAAUGGGGUAAACCCUCUCGCCCGCAGCUGAGUCCCGAGGAGAAGAAACAGGAAGAAGAGCUGAUCGAGAAGUAUGCAAUUAAUAUUUAUUUGAGUGAUAAAAUCUCUCUCCACCGGCACAUUGAAGAUAAUCGACUGAGUGGUUGUAAGACUAAAUCUUAUGACUACAGAAGACUGCCCACUACAUCUGUUAUAAUUGCUUUUUACAAUGAAGCCUGGUCAACAUUGCUGCGGACGAUACAUAGUGUUCUUGAAACAUCACCUUCAGUGCUUCUGAAAGAAAUUAUACUGGUGGAUGACCUGAGCGAUAAAACGUAUUUGAAGGCUGAACUUGAAAAAUACAUAAGCAGUCUGAAAAGAGUUCGCUUGAUAAGAACCAACAAACGAGAAGGAUUAGUUCGUGCACGUUUAAUUGGCGCUACCUUUGCUACUGGUGAUGUCCUCACAUUCCUAGAUUGUCACUGUGAAUGUGUCUCUGGCUGGCUGGAACCAUUGCUCGAGAGGAUUGCUGAGAAUGAGACUGUUAUUGUUUGUCCUGUCAUUGACACCAUUGACUGGAAAACAUUUGAGUACUACAUGCAAACAGCAGAGCCCAUGAUUGGGGGCUUUGACUGGCGUCUGACAUUCCAGUGGCACUCGGUGCCUAAACAUGAACGUCUCAGGCGCAAAUAUGAAACCGACCCAAUCAGAUCCCCAACUAUGGCUGGUGGCUUGUUUGCUGUCAGCAAGAAAUAUUUUGAGUACCUGGGUACCUAUGAUACAGGAAUGGAUGUUUGGGGAGGGGAGAACUUAGAAUUAUCAUUUAGGGUUUGGCAGUGUGGAGGCAUGUUGGAAAUUCAUCCGUGCUCCCAUGUGGGUCAUGUGUUUCCAAAGCGUGCACCCUAUGCUAGACCAAAUUUCCUUCAGAACACGGCACGUGCUGCUGAGGUGUGGAUGGAUGAGUUCAAAGAUCACUUUUACAACAGAAAUCCAUCAGCAAGAAAAGAAAACUAUGGAGAUAUUUCUGAGAGAAAGAUACUUAGAGAGCGUUUGAAAUGCAAGAGUUUUAACUGGUAUUUAAAAAAUGUAUUUGCUGAGUUGCACGUACCAGAAGAUCGUCCUGGCUGGCAUGGUGCUAUCCGCAGCACAGGAAUAUCUUCAGAGUGCCUUGACUAUGUCUUACAAGAACAUAAUCCUACUGGGUCUCACCUUUCUCUCUUUGGCUGUCAUGGUCAGGGAGGCAACCAGUUUUUUGAAUAUACAUCAAAUCAGGAGAUUAGAUUUAACUCUGUAACUGAGCUAUGUGCUGAAGUUCCUGAACAUGAAGACUUCAUUGGUAUGAGGAGCUGCCCAAAAGAUGGUUCUCCUGUGCCAGAAAUUAUUAUCUGGCAUUUCAAAGAAGAUGGGACUAUUUAUCAUCCUCAUUCAGGGAAGUGCCUUACUGCUUAUCGUACAACUGGGGGGCGUGCAGAUGUGCAGAUGAGAACUUGUAAUGCUGCAGAUAAAAACCAGAUGUGGAAAUUUGAGAAAUAAUCACUGCUGGUAGUAUGAAUUGAAUGGACUCUCCAAGGUUUUUGGAGUAAUCUCCAAAGUUUUUACGUGCAUGAACAGAUAGCAACAUUUGAUUGAAUACUUUGGAAUGUUUUCAGAUGUGUCUGUAGUGGUGUAGAAACUAUCUCUUGUGGUCAACUGUAUAGAAAGCAAAAGUAAAUCCUGGAGUUUGGUUUCUAAAACAUGGAAUACAGAUCUAACGCCUUUUAUUUUUGUAAAA